GAAAUAAGAGAUUCCACGUCGAAAUGCGGGAGUCAGUGUCAUUGCAUCUGGUUUGUUGGUGAAAAAUAAAUACGGUUGCAACAUGUUGACAACUUCAUCCCCCCAACAAUCGCCAUCCCUCUCUCGAUACAAGGAGCGGAUUGGUCAGUACGAAGAUUCCACGAACCCCCUGGCCCCACUGACCCCUGCGCAACGCCAACUAAUUCUUGACCUUACGCAUAAUCCGGUCGAGCGACCGAUACCCUCACAUUUGAAACCUAUCCCGAAGACCAAGACGUUGGAAUUGAAGGAAAAUUCUGAGCAGGAAGCAGGGGUGGAUUUUGACAAGUUUGAGUUCACGACAAAAUAUGAGUUCGCGAAAUGGUUCAAAGAAGUAGAAAAUGACAUUGGUGAGGAACAAGACUUGAAGGUGUUGACGUAUCUAGAGUCGUUGCAGGAGAGUAGGAAAACGGUCAGUGGUGUUCUCGGUGCUGUAAAUUCGGCCUUGGACGAACUGCAAUCGCUGGAAUCGAAUUACCAUUUUGUUUCAAAUAAGACAAAUGCCUUACAUAAUUCUUGUCGACAACUUAUCCAAGAACAACAAACUUUGGAUGGUGUCGCACAAGAAUUGGACACAAAUCUGGACCAUUUCCUUCAGCUAGAAAAAGUCGCAUCGAAACUUAGCGUCCCGACAAUUUUGGUGACGUCUGAUGCAUUCUUUGCAAUUUUGGAACAGAUUGACACCUGCCUGUCAUUUAUGGUUCAUAAUCCCAGUUUCAAGGAAUCGUCCGUUUACGCAGCAAAAUUCAAGCACUGUUUAAACCGAGCACUAUCGCUUGUCAAAUCCGAAGUUAAUAAAGCUUUACAGGAAACUACGUAUGAAAUCACUGCUACAGUUUUGGAACAAAGUGAGGGUCCAAAUCCGGAACUUCAAACGGCUGCCAAUUCUUUGUUUCCAUUAAUUUAUGGCAAAUUUUCUGCUGGAAUUUCGAAAAUGAAGAAGGUUUUUACGGAAAUUGAGCAACGGAGGAAUGCUUGGCCAGAAUACGCCGAAUUAUUUAAUGAAAUUCAGCAAUCUUUUCUAAAAGAGCGAUACAAUUUGCUUAGUCAAAGCGUUUGGGCGACUGUGUCAGAAUUAAAUAAGAGAGGAAAAACAGGAGUGGAUUUAUGCAGCACGAUUCGAAUGGGAUGUUCAUUUUGCAUUAAUCUAUGUCUUGACGAAUUUCGACUGUUUGGCGACUUUUUUCAGCCAUCGUAUACCGUGGUGUUUGAUGAAUUUGCAGACAACUUAUUCACGCCGAUCUACGAAUCGUUGAGACCAUUAGUGAUAAAAAUACAACAUUUGGAAACGUUGGCUGAAAUUUGUGCCAUUUUAAGAGUGGAGAUGCUACAGGAACAAGUUUCUAAUAUUCCUCAAGGGCUGAACUCGUUUAUCAACAUUGUGGAACAACUCCUUCAGGACACGCAGGAACGCUUGGUCUACCGGGCGCAUAUUUAUAUUUCAACAGACAUUCGAAAUUACAAUCCAGGUCCAGGAGAUUUGGCAUAUCCAGAAAAAUUGGAGAUGAUGGAGCAAAUAGCUGAAACUAUCGAUCAAACCGCGCCCCCAGAUCGUCCCCUGGUCCGAUCUAAUUCUCAAACCUCGAUCAUUUCUCUGAGCUCCGUGACGUCCCAAGAAGUUGGCACCAUAAAUUCCCAACUACAAAUACCACGACCAUUAAAAUCAAGCAGUUCUCCUGCGGAUUUGCAUGGAAUGUGGUUCCCAAGUGUCCGUCGUACAUUGCUCUGUCUUUCGAAACUGCAUCGAUGUUUGGAUAAAGCCAUAUUUCAAGGGUUGUCUCAAGAAGCGUUGAUCGCAUGCAUUGCCAACGUUUCUCUCUCCGCUCAAGCUAUCUCCUCCAAGAAGACCGUGGUUGACGGGCAGCUGUUUGAGAUUAAGCAUUUGCUCAUUUUACGGGAACAGAUUGCACCAUUUCAAGCAGACUUUGCCGUGAAAGAAACAAGUCUGGAUUUUAGCAGGAUGAAGACGGCAGCGUUGAGUCUGCUGCAGAAGAAGAAGCAAGUUUUGUUGAUGAAUAGUAACAAUUCUCUGCUGGAGUUCAUAGUUGAUGGGACACCUCAAGUGAAGGAAUACUUUCUCGACUCGAAAAAAGAAGUUGACAAGCAGUUGAAAUUUACCUGUGAGCAAUUCAUUAGUCAUUGCACGCUCAUUCUUAUUGGACCCGUGAAAAACUUUAUCACGAAGGCCUCCCGAAUAAUUGAAGCAUUAAAGGAGAAACCAGACCUGGUUUUAUCCCAACAAUCCUUCGCCCUACCAAACGUUCUCUCCCAGUUAAUCCAAGAGACGAUGGAAAGUCUUAAAUCCAAACUCCCCUUUAUCCAUAAAAGUAUGAAGCUCUACUUGGCCAACAGGGAAACAGAAUUCAUUCUUUUUAGACCCGUUAAGAACAACGUGUUAAAUGGAUUCCUUCAAUUGGAAAACAUUGUUGCUGUGUACUAUUCUGCAGAAACUCAGUUAACCUGUCCUACGCAAGAUGCAAUAAACGUAUUAAUUUCUACUAUUAUGAUUCAAAAUUAAAUUUCCACUGCUAGUCAGCUAGUUAAAAGACAAAACCACUAAAAAAGAGCUGUGAUACUCCUUCUCUAUAGUUAUAUUCGGAUGACAGAAUUAUUACACCAGCCAACCCAUGCAUGGGGGCUGCUGUCUUUUUUAAUUUUAAAAACCAAAAACUAGCCAGUAGUAAUAACUUAUAAGUUAAUCGUAUCAUCUCUCCCAUCAAUUUUCAUUCUCAUGUAAAGUUGAACAUAAUAAAAUUCUGUGUUUAAAUACGA